GUAGUCUACAUAUAAGUCCACCAGUUAAUCCCUACAGGGGUUGUUCAGGCCUAGUUAGCUUCACUAAACAAGGGUUAACUCCCAAGGAUUCAGGGGUAAGACAUGUCACGAUUGGUCCCACGCAAGCUAACAAACCCAUCGCGCCUUGGAAUUUGUGCAUGAAAGUCCAAUUUCAAAUGCGACGCUGUCGUUUCCAAGUUUUCCAUGUUUUUUACACUUCAUAAAAAGGUGGUUACCGCCGUCAUGUUAAUUGUUGCUGGGGUUAAGAUCUUUCAGAUCGAUCGAAGAUGUUUUGUGGGUGAUACCGACAUGGAUCGAUAGAAACGACGACGAGAAGGGCGAUGCGAAAAAUGCGUAUCCUAAAUGUAUUCAUCGCGACACUAUUAGCAACGGAGGUAGCUGCAGAAUGUGAAGCUAACGAAUGCCUUCGGGCUGUGCAAAAUGCGGCAUCAUCGCUUAGAAAAGAAGACUGCCAGUCAUUUGCACGAGUAACUAUUACUCCAGCAACGAGCACUGUCGUCAGCUCUAUUACCGUCACAACAACAGGAACUACUGCUAGGACGACAACGCAAACGACAACGAGUUCCGCGCAACCACCGAAACGAUGGCUGCAGCGACAUGAAGUCAUUAAUGUCUUAAUGGGGAGAGCUGUAAGCGAUGAUGGUCCGAUUACCGCGAGGGCGACAUCUAUUCCGACGUACGCAUCUCCUUGCGCUUCGGCUGCUUAUGAGUCGGCGUGUUCAUGCUUCGGAAUAACCCAGACCACCGUAACAGCAUCAGCAUCAACGACUACUAAGACUCCGCGUAUAGUAGAAACCACGACUAUAGCAGCUAUUCAUACGACUACAAAGUAUGCACUUGGUCAUAAUAGCUCGUCACUAUUCGGAAAUUCUACUAGUGGCAGGUUCGGGAACUCAACAGCACUUCAUCGGAACACAACAAGCUCAGGGAUAUAUUCGAGCUCAAUUUUCACUUCAAGCUUUUCGCUAGGGUCGAGCGAUGCGAAAACCUCCACCGACAAGUAUAGGCUGAAGAGCCCCUCGAUAGCGGAAGCGACCUCUAGUAGCGAACCUGAUAUCACACAGUCUAACACCAUCUCGAGCACGGCAGUCCAAACAAGCAUUUCGAGCGGGUUUGGUAACACGACAGGUUCCUCAUCUCCCAAUGCGACAGUAGGUCUCGGCAAAUUUUCGAACUCGACAAGUGCCACAAGGCGACCCAGUGCGGCGAGUGUGACGGGCUUCCAAAGCGGUACAGCUGGAACCGCUGGUGCUCUCACGAACGCGACCAUCGCAGCACCGUUCUUAAAUUCCACGCGAGCGGCAACAGCCAACGUAACAAGCAGCGUGACAAAGUUGUUAUCAAAUGCGACGACUUCAGCUCCAUUCAUGAAUAUAACAAGCGUCCCCUCUUUACGCAACCACACACUGGCCCCAUUCCUCAACAGUACCCAUCACAACAUCACCGUACUCUCCGCCAACGCAACAAGAACCGCUCCAUUUGCAAAUUCAACAAGUUCAGUUCGCUUCGCUAAUACGACUUCCACCGUACCCAUGGCGACACCAACGUCCACCACCCUCUGCGAAAAGGUCUCAGAUUCUUUCGCUCUGCGUGUCGCUCAACCCGGUGGUAUGUUCGAUGGGUGGUACGUGCAACUCAGCGGCGACGGCGCGAUAUUUAAUCCUUCAGUGGACCGCGCUUCGCGGUUUAGUCUCGACGAGGGGGAUGCAGAUAGGCAGCAUUUGUGUUCGCUAGGUGGGGCGGGGUUGGUCGGGAAUUCGAGCGCUGUGGUGGCUAUUGCGGAGAAUCGUACUGAAAGUGCGGGCGGAGAUAAUGGCGAUGGGAGUGGGAGUGCGGUUUAUUUCGUCGAUCCGGAUUUGUUGGAUGAGAUUGAGAAUAAACAGCAUGGGUGGUAUGCGCCGUUAGAAUGUAAUGGAGCUGGGUCCGCGCCGAAUUCGACGGCGAAGGUAGCGAGAGCAGCCGCGGGGACGCUAGCUUGCGCUCAGGGCGCGAUGGAGUAUUGGGUCGGGUGUGGCCUAGGUUUGGACAUUACGAGCGAGGGAGGUGGUGUGGCGGUGGUUGACGGGUGGAAUUGUACUUCUAUCACGCUGUCGAUUGAGUAUACUCAGUCAUCUUAAGGGCGGCUGUCAGAGUUGGCCCCCUAUCGUCACAGGAAAGGACCCUGGCCUGGGGUAUGAAAGCAGAAAUGUUUCUAAGACAAAAGGGCUUGUAGACCUGCGUAGGUACUUAUUGCACACCAAUAAGAUUGCUAUCCCCCUUGGCAUAGGGGUUAUUACCUACCUACGUGCCCCCUAUAUCCCAAG